AUGCGCAGGCUGUUUUAUGAAGCGAAAUCAUACGUAAUUUCCAGGCUGGUUUGUAGGGAGGAAGUUUGCGUCACACUACAGUGAAUGGCAGAGCUUUUCUCGCUUAUUUUGACAUCAUUACCCCGAAUCCCAACGGAAACCCCUCUAUAAAAAAGGCUGGAAGCAUUUUUUAUUUUCCUCUUCAAGCAUCCAACUUUCUUCCCAUUUUCUUUCUUGACCGCAGAGCGAGUUACACAUUCCUUGAGUUCAUCCAACUUGAAUCUCAACAGUCCUUCCUUUACAAUUUGCGCUUGCGCAUCGACUUUCUUUAACUAAACCACAAUUUUAGCAUCAAUCAUGGUUUCUAUCAAGGCAUUGGUCUCUGAGCUUCGCUCUUGCUACCUGCUCCCUUGCUUCUGGUUUUAAAUUGGCGAAGUCCUAUGAUGCGAGUAACUGGUUUGACUCUUUCACGUACCACAAUGUAAGUCGCAAAGAGUACACUCUGUUACCACCUGUUAUCAGAGCCAUCUGACUUUUCAAUCUUAGAGGGAUGACCCUAUACAUGGAACAGUCGACUACGUUAACCUUACUGAUGCUCAAAAUCUUGGCUUGACCAAGAUUGUCAACGGCCAAGUCUACAUGGGAGCCGAUUCUCAAUCUGUUGUUCCUUCCAACAGCCGAGGACGCAAAUCCAUCUGGGUUACCAGCAAGGAGGACUUCAACCACGGUCUCUUGGUUGGCGAUUUCGCACAUGUUCCAGCCUCCGACUGUGGUGUCUGGCCAGGUUUGUAAGUUCAAUCACUACAAUCAUAUCCCUAGCCUAUUUCAAUGUUCAACUCUGACCCAUCCCCUCACUACAGCUGGGCCAUCCGUGAAGAACUAAAUGCCCCAUACGGCGAAAUCGACAUCCUCGAAUACUUCUCCGACAGCCCACACGGAUACAUCACCCUGCACAGCGAUCCCAAACUCCCCGACUGCGUCUUCAAGCAAUCCUCAUAUGGACAAACCGGAGAAGUCAAUCAAGGCUCAACCUCAUGCUCUGGCGAUAUAGGCUGCUCAACUGUGGGUCCUGACAACGGAGCUGGAACCGGAUUCAACGCCGCUCAGGGCGGCGUCUACGCCAUGGAUUGGACCAGUGAAUACAUCAAGAUCUGGCACUUCGCACGCAGUGAAGUUCCAGCUGAUAUCACGGCCGGAACCCCAAAUCCGUCGAAGUGGAGAUUGCCAAAUGCCAAUUUUGCUUCUAAUGAUGGAGGUUGUGAUCUUGAUAGUAAUUUUCCUCCUCAGACUAUCGUAAGUCUACUUCUUGUGUCUAUAUCUUGACGUUGCUAAGCGAUUGAUCAGUACUUUGACACAACCUUCUGCGGGUCGAUGGCAGGUGGAAAGGGCUGGACAGAUUGGUCCGACUGCUCCAAGAAGACCGGCGUACCAACCUGCGACGAAUUCGUUCGCAAGCACCCGGAAGCAUUCCACAAUGCAUACUGGCUCGUCAACUCUGUCAAGAUCUAUCAAUAG